AUGUUCAAAGCUGUUCGAUCAGUUAGGGUACUACCAUCAGCAGCUUUAAUCUCUUCUCAAUUGCCAAAUAGCAUCAGCAGGAGAGGCUGUGGAGUCAGAUUUGCACAAGCCAUGUCAGGGCCUAAUCAACCUCAGAGCACUGAGAAAAUAGACCAGUCUCAGGAAUCCAAAAAUCAAAGAGGGGAAACUAUUGAUUCAUUUGGGGAAGGAUAUGCUUCGAGGUCUGAUGAAGAAGGAUUUGGAAGAAUGUAUGGAGGGAACCAGUCUAUUUCAAAGGAGGACGAGGAGAAAAUUGGUCAUGGAAAUGCCCCGGAAUAUGACAUAUCCCAAGGGAGUGAAGUGAAGGAGAAGGAAAUGGGCUCGAAACCAGCAUAA